GGUGGCCUCUACGGCAUGGCGGCAUCGAGCUUCGCGUGGAGUCUCGCGCUCCUGCGCCUGGCGGGGGGCGCGCUGCCGCCCUACACGCGGGAGCUCGGGGACUCGCUCUGCUGCAGGAAGCAGAGGAGGCUGUGAAGGGCAUGGACUACGUCCACAACGAGGCUUUUGUUUGCGGCGCUGGCAAUUGGGGAGACCCCGGGAUGGGCCCCAGUGCGACCAGUGGGACCAGGGCCGCUCCCCCUGCUGGCCCAGCGCCAUGACUGUCUCGGCCUCUUGGGACGUCGACCUCGUGGCCCGCUGGUCCAUCGAGCUCGCGGAGGAGUUCGGUCGCGCCAGCCGAGGGCAGCUGGGGCCGGGCGUGAACCUGGCCCGCUUCGCGUGGAACGGCAGGCUCGGCGAGUACAUGGCCGGCGAGGACCCGCACUUCGGCGCCGAGAUGGUCCGAGCGAUGGUGGCUGCGUAUCGGCAGGUCGAGCACCCUCCGCUACAGACCGUGAAGCAUUUCAUCCCCAACACGAUCGAGAACGACCGCCAGGGGAUGACCGAGACCGUGGACGAGCGGACUCUCUUCGAGGUGUACUACCCUCCGUUCGCAGCUGCCGUGGAGGCAGGAGUGUCGGGAGUCAUGUGCUCCUACAACUUGGUCAAGUGCACUUCGGGGCUGUGUUCAGGGGAGGCGGCGUAUGCUUGCGCGAACGACGAUAUCUUGAACAAGCAUCUGAAGGAGAUCAUGGGUUUCCGUGGCAUCGUGAUUAGCGAUUGGGAUGCCACGAAGUGCCAGGACGAGUCUGCUGGCAGCGGGGGCUGCGCGGAAGCGGGAGGCUACGUGGACAACGACUAUGCCGCUUCUGCCGGACUCGACCUCGAGAUGCCGUCGUGCAUGUCCUUCAAGGGGGGCGUCUCCAAGAGGGCCAAGGAGAAGGCCACGAGGAUGCAGUGGGCGUACCUGGUGCAGGGCCGCAGGCCCAGCAGCGAGGGCGGACGACGGCUGCUGCGCAACUCCUCCGCGCAGCCGCGGGCUGCUGAG